ACUUCCCCAGAAUUACGCCACUUCCUGUUUAGCGUGCAGACAGAGGAAGAAGCAGGAAGAGGGGAAGGUCCUCUCUCACAACAUAGAGAUGCUUAACAGCUAAUUCACCUGUAAUACCUAAAAUACUUGAAACUGAGCUUUACAUUUCCGACUUCAGGUUUGUUCCGUCAAAAAAUUUCUGAAUAAGUUCUUCGACGAAACAGCGGCCCGUGGCAACAGACUAAACGCCAAAUGAACGGAGCAACAUUCCCCUCUCCAACGGCUGAUAUAGCUGAAAUUAACCGUAUCCACUAUGAGCUGGAGUACACCGAGGGAAUAAGCCAAAGGAUGCGCAUCCCAGAGAUGCUCAAAGUGGCUCCAACAGCCCACGAGGACCCUAAUUUGGGAUCGCAGGAGGUCCCUCACAGUGUUAUAAUGCAAGUCCCAGAGAGAAUUGUGGUUGCUGGAGGCAGUGAUGACUCCCAGUUCCCCAGACCCAGAGACUUGGACCUCAUCCAGUCAACACCACUGGAAAUGCUAUCACUUAAAACUCCACCCAGAGUCCUCACCCUCAAUGAGCGACCCCUGGACUUCAUGGAAGACGAUCAGCGGGUGGCUCCAGACAGUGAGGAAGUGUUGCGGCCCCAGGGACGUUUACGGAGGGAGCGUUCAGCCAGUGAGAAUGCGGCUGUCCGUCAGAACACUCAGCUGAUGCGCAACGAUUCAGCUGCAACCCCUUCCCCCCCAGCCAUUGCUCACCCAUGCCCCCCUCUCACCGAGGCUGAAGAACACAACCUCUACAGCGCUAGUGGUGUCUUAUCUUUCAUCCAGUCCACUACACGUCGGGCCUACCAGCACGUCCUGGAGGUCUUGGAUGAGAACCCUCGCAGCAAAUCAUCACUGCGAGGGGGGUCGGCUUCCAGCUCCCACCCCCUGCAUGAUUCCAGGCUUGCACUGUCAACAUAUGAGCCCUCUCUGGAUGGGACAGCUGAUGACAUGACUGUGGUCGAUGCAACAACACUUCGACGGCAGCUCAUCAAGUUGAACCGGAGACUCCAACAUUUGGAGGAAGAGAACAAAGAGCGAACAAAGCGAGAGGUGAUCCUGUACUCCGUCACCGUCGCUUUCUGGCUCAUCAACACUUGGGUGUGGUUGCGACGUUAGAGCCGGCCUGUGUUUCCGCCAUCCACAUGACAAGAACGUAUUAUCCUUUAUCCUAUCAGUUAGCUGCUCACUGCACUUAACCCCUGUGUGAGGAGAUGUUAGCACGUGCAAGGCCUGUUGCACAUAGGCUCAACAUUUUGAUUUUGUUUAUUUAAACAUGUACAGUUUUAUUUUUGUACUCUUAUUUUGUUCCUUCUAUUCCAUUUUCUUGUGUUUUGUUUUUAUUCUCAAAUUCUGCUGCCCAUUGCUAAGUUGUUGUAAAUAUUUGUUCAUGUCAAUCGUACCUCAUCCAGAGGCACAGUAUAUAGUUCACCCAAAAAAAAAAAUAAAAUAAGGAGCUGUAGUGUGGGGACAUACAGCUCCAUGGUGGUAAUGCUGAAUACUAAGAGUAAUAUGUGACUUGGCUGAUAAAUUUAAUAAAGUUUAGUAAAACCGUA